GUUUUUGAGGUUUCUCGUCCUCGUUCCAAACCCCGAUUUCAUCCUUUUGCCUCAAACCUCUACGAAUCUGAAGCUUUGGUCAUUACAUUGGAAGACUACAGGAUCACUACUUUGCCGUUUAAUUUCUUUACGAGCAAGACUCUGGUAAACCUCAGGAUCGGAACAAGAAUCCGUUUUCGUGCUCCUUGGGACUCCGUUUCUCCGAUGCUUAGCUCACUCGUUCUUGAAUCAGUUGCGUUUAGUGAUGCUAAGCUUGGGUAUGAACCGAUUCUGUCAGCUUUCCCUUCGCUUCAAAACCUGCGGAUACGUGAAUCGAACAAGUGGUACUAUUGGAACGGGUCCAUUUCAAGUCCAACACUCAAGAAACUUGUCUACAGACGCGAUGACGAGACCUCUGCUCCUAAAACCUCUGUUUCGUUUGAUACUAGGAGUCUUGUUUACUUGGACUAUUCGGAUGUGGUCGCGGAUAAGUAUGAAGACCUGCAUUUGGACAGCCUUGUUGAAGUUAGGCUUGAUCUUCUCUUGACCGCGAAUCAAAUCAUGCGCAAAACUGCUCCAGACAAUAUCGGUUUUCUUCCUGGUGAUGUUACAGCUUUGUUCAUGGGAAUCAGAAAUGUCAAGAUCCUCUGCUUAACUCCGGAUGCUCUAGAGACGCUCUAUUACCGCGUUUGGGUAUUUUUAUGGAAUUUUCGGAAAACGCAAAAAGAAGAAGAAGAAGAAGCUUCUCCCUUUUUGCUCUGCGCUCGAUUAAUCGUGUCGAAGCACGGUCGGGAGGUCUAUCCGUCAGGUGAAGAGAUCAGAAUGGGUUCGUUAGCAGCCGGUAUCAGGUUGGGGAACUGGCUCGCCGAUAGGCCUCGGAAGAAGUUUAUGCUAGCUUCGCUAAAGAGGGUGGAUGGUGCCUUUGAAAAUCACGAGAAGGAUAUCCUCCAAGUUUUUGCCAGGGCGUUGGAGGGCGUUGGAGGAAGUGAGGACGAUAUGGUCGGUAACGCAACGACUUUCAUCAUGGGGAUAAGCAAUGUGACGACCCUUUCUCUCUCUGCACACACUCUUGAGGACUCGUCCAUAAAGCCACAGAUAAAUGCGGAGACGUGUGCUUGUGCAAAAGGGAGGAAGAGGAGGACAUUCCUACUUGCUUAUCGUCAAGUCCGGUGAAAGUGCUGAAGAUAAUGAAGUUUGGUGAAAUCUAUGGCGAUGAUGACCAGAGAGAGAAGCAGAUAGAGCAAGUGGAGCACUUUGUAGAGACGAUGCCGAAUCUUGAGCAGCUGAUGUUAUACUACGGUGCAUCAUUCGAUGAGUAUGUGGUUCAAGUGUCGACCCUACUUCAGAGGCUUCCUAGAGUUGCUUCGUCAAAGUGCAAUGUCCAACUAAUUUCCGAUCACCUCAACUAAAUGGGCUUCUCUUCUCUAGAAAAAGUUUCUCAGGUCGUUUUUUUUUUUGAAUCACACAUGGCUCUUUUACCAUCUUAAAGUCAUGGAUGUGUCUCGGCUUCAUGUUUUGUAUAAUUGCUAAAAUGAUCUAAACUCUAAGCUAGAUCUUCUUGUUUCUCGGCCUUCUUUUUUUGUUCGUCAUCAUAGCUGAACAACAUGUGUGUUUUAUAGGCUUUCUGACCUUUUGGCCGAGACAGUGGUAACUUGAUGUUUUGUUUGUUUCAGUUCUUAUGAAUUGAUGAUGCUUGUUAUGUGUUAUAACUAUUCUUGGGUGAAAUAAUGUAAAAGUGAGACCUAACGAACU